GAGGUCAAAAGACCGCCUCGAUGCCCCGCUGAAGUUUGGGUCAAUCAAACUUAAUUCUCUCAUCAUAAGCAAACCAACUCAGUUGUCUCACUUGCUUUCCUCAUGAGGAUUUUUUAAAGGACACUUCAGCAUUUUAUUAUCACAUGUUAUGCAAUUCUUUUGCUUUAGAAACAAGUUGAUUGGACGAAAUGAAUUUCACGCCUGGAUACAGCAAUGUAACGACAGCUGUGAAUUACUGGGACACGGUUGGCCAGGUCAUCAUCCAGAAUGUGAUUGUUCUUGUCCUCGGCUUCAUCAUCAACUACAUCAGUGCCACAAUGGUCCACACAUUCAACCAGCAUCACAUUUUCAGGUUGAAGCCUCGGUUCAUCCUCUUCAUCCACAUGGUGGUGAACGAUAUGAUCCAGCUGACAACCAGCAUUUCACUGUACAUCCUCGCUGCCUUCAAGACCAUUUACGUCUCCCUCUGUUGUCUCAUAAUCCUGCCGGCUAUUCUCACCACACAAAACACCCCUCUGAACUUGGCUUUCAUGGCAGUUGAGUGCUACAUUGCUGUCUGCAUUCCCCUUCGCUACAACUACAUAUGCACAGUCAGAAGGACAUAUAUUGUCAUUGGCACAAUUUGGACACUGAGUUCACUUUCUGUCCUACCAGAUGUCUUCAUCCUUCUGGCCACUGAGCCUGUGGAGUUCUUACAUUCCAGAAGGUACUGCUCUCGGGACACAGUGUUCAGAAGUGCCUACAGUCUAAAAAAGAGAGAUGCCUCCCACAUAGCGUUUCUGAUAGUGGUUUGGCUCACUUUGUUCUACACAUACUUCAGAAUUUUGUUUGUGGCCAAAGGUGCUGAAGCAAAUGCCAAAAAGGCAAGAAACACUCUACUCCUUCAUGGCUUUCAGGUGAUGUUGUGCAUGGUAACCUAUGUACAACCAAUGUUAAUUCAAGUGUUCACAAACAUUGGGAUCACAGGGAGGUACAUGCAUUUUAUUAUCUAUGUUAUAAACCAAAUGCUUCCUCGUCUUAUCAGUCCUAUCAUCUAUGGGUUACGAGACAAAACUUUCAGGAAAUACCACAAAAAGUAUUUGUGUGCAGUGAACGGCCACUCAAAGACAGCAUCCAGGGAGGUCUCAUAA